UCGAAGUAAAACUUCCCGCGCUCUCCAUCUUCUUCGACGGUGUAAACCCUGUAUCGACACGAUGGCUCCCAAAUCCGAUAGUGCGGAAGGAAUCGUGCUUAACUUCGUCAAUGAGCAAAAUAGACCACUGAAUUCUCAAAAUGUGGCUGAUUUCUUGCAAAAAUUCAACCUGAAAAAAGCUGCCAUACAGAAGGCUCUCGAUAGUCUUGCUGACAGUGGACGAAUAUCAUUCAAAGAAUAUGGCAAACAGAAGAUAUAUCUUGCUAGGCAAGAUCAAUUUCAGAUCCCAAACACUGAAGAACUUAAUCAGAUGAAGGAAGAAAAUGCCAAAUUACAAGAGAUGCUGGAAGAACAAAAAAAAGCAAACAGUCAGCUUGAAGGAGAGAUUAAAUCUCUACAAUCACACCUAACACUGGAAGAUAUACAGUCCAAUGAUGUUAAACUAAGAAAGCAGGUUAAGGAAAUGGAAGAGAGAUUGACUAAAUUACGUGGAGGAGUAACCUUGGUAAGCCCAGAAGAGCGAAAGGCUGUGGAGAAAACUUACUCAGAUGCAAUCAGUCAGUGGAGAAAGCGGAAGAGGAUGUUCAAAGAUGUCUGGGAUGCUAUUACUGAGAACUCACCCAAAAACCCCCAGGAGUUCAAGGAGGAACUUUGCCUUGAAUAUGAUGAAGAUAUCGGUGUGAGUUUGCAGAUAUAUUCUACUCUAAUGCCACAUGGAAAGAAGCGUCCUAGGGGCUAGUAGCUUCUAUAUAGCAUUGUACACGUAUAAAUGUAUAAGCAAGUAGAGGUAAAUCAGAUUGAUAAAUUAGUAACCUCGUUACAGUUUAAAUUGUUAACGAUCUUGACUUUGAUAUUCAAUUAGUCUUUUCGUA